UAUAUUGCCCAACAGUGAGACGACCCAGUUGUUACGUCAAUAUUGUGUUGCCGGUCGUCCUCCGAUCGUUUACGUUUGACCAGUACACAACUUCACUUCAAUUCGCGGCGGCCAUAAUGUUUUCUGACAACCCCUUAGCCUCAGCAUGCAUCAAUUCCCAGUCUUCAACGAUAUGAUGCGGCUGAUGAUGACCAUUUCUCUUUCUGUGUUGUUAACAUGCACGCUCUUUAUUCCACCAUCAACUCACGCCGCUUCUGGUCUAAACUUCACCUUUCCCAGUUUCAGUCCAAACGAUCAUAACAUAAUCUACGAUGGGAGUGCCUCUGCGUCCGAUGAAGUUAUUCUGCUAACCUCGUACCAGAAAGAUCGCAUGUACAACGACACUGGUCGGGCUACGUACAAACAACAAAUGCAUCUUUGGGACAAGGAGACAGGGAAUCUGGCGAACUUCACCACCAGCUUUUCAUUCUUGAUCAAACCAAUUGAUGAAAAGCAUGAAUCGUUGAAUAGAUCGCAAGUUCCGGAUUCAUAUCCGGAGAUAGGUGAUGGGCUGACAUUCUUUCUUGCUUCCAAUAUCUCCGCCCUGUCGUCUUUAAACGCCGGCGGCGGCCUGGGAAUUGGGAUCAAUACUGACCAAGAUGGUACCUCGAGCUCUAAAGAGUUCCGGUUCAUUGCUAUCGAGUUCGAUACGAAUCAGAAUGCAUGGGAUCUUGAGAACGGACCUCACGUGGGUAUCGACGACAAUUCUUUAAUGUCUGUUCGCCGCGUGCAGUGGAUUGGUGAAGAUGAAAUUGUACGCGGCGAACAGCGAGCUGAAAUUGCCUAUAAUGGCGUGUCGAAAACGUUAAGCGUUUCCUUCACCAACUCUUCGCGGGAUGGAGAUGGAGAUGGUAUUGGUAGGUUUAACUAUACAAUUGAUUUGGGAAAGCUGCAGGCAGAGUUUGUCACGAUUGGGUUCUCAGCCAGCACGGGAACCGUCACAGAGCAAAAUAUUAUUUCCUCCUGGAGUUUUAGUUCAAGUAUAAACAUCUCUGAUGAAGGCUCUGAGUAUAACAAUGGCAGAAAUCGAAAUCCCCGCCAUCAUCAUCUUAGUAAAAAAGGGUUGGCGGGAUUGAUUGUUGGUGGGUUUUUUGUGAUUGGUUUUCUGUUAAUAUUCCUCGCUGGGAUCAUAAAGAAGAGGAGGGAGGGAGAGAAAAUUAGUAGAUUUUCUAUUGUCAACUCAGUCUUGUGUGAUGAAAUUGGCAGUGGAGGUUUUGGGCCUAUGCAGUUUUCCUACAAGCAGCUCUCACGUGCAACCACAAACUUUGCAGAGACCAAGAAGCUUGGACAAGGCGGAUUUGGCAGUGUCUAUUUCGGGUUUCUGAGGGAUCUGAACUUACACGUUGCCAUUAAGAGGGUUUCAAGAACAUCUAACCAAGGGAUAAAAGAGUAUGCCUCAGAAGUAAAGAUCAUCAGCAAGCUGAGGCACAAGAAUCUGGUGAAAUUGGUUGGCUGGUGCCACGAGAAAAACGAUCUACUUCUUGCUUAUGAACUGCUUCCAAAUGGCAGCCUCGACCGCUUUCUGUUCAGCAAGACGGAUCUGUUAACGUGGGAUUUGAGGUACAAGGUUGCCACGGGCCUGGCAUCAGCUUUGCUAUAUUUGCACGAGGAAUGGGAGCAAUGUGUGCUGCAUAGAGAUGUUAAGUCUAGCAAUGUUAUGUUGGACAAAGGGUUUAAUGCUAAACUCGGGGAUUUCGGGCUGGCAAGGCUGGUUGAUCACGAAAAGGGAGCACAAACCACAACAUUGGCAGGCACCAUGGGGUACAUUGCCCCAGAAUCUGUCUUGACAGGGAAAGCAAGCAAGGAAACAGACAUAUAUAGCUUUGGCAUUGUGGCUCUCGAAAUCGCCUGUGGGAGAAAGCCUAUUGAGCCAAGGGCUGAACCAGACAAGGUUUUACUAGUAGAUUGGGUCUGGGAGCUGUAUGGAUCAGGCACAAUUCUUGGGGCUGCGGAUCCAAAACUAUGCUCAAUUUUUGAUGAGCAAGAAAUGCAAAGCCUCAUAACCGUCGGGCUCUGGUCUGCUCAUCCUGAUUAUAGUCAAAGACCUUCGAUUCAACAAGUGGUGCGCGUUCUUAAGUUUGAAUCUCCCUUACCCGUUCUUCCAUCAAAGAUGCCUGUCGCGACGUAUCCUGCAUCUACUCCUGUUUCUAAUGCCAGUCUGCCUACUUCUUCCUUUUCAUUUUCCAUUGGUGCCACCUCUUCAUUUUCUUCAUAAGGGAUGGUUAAUGGUUUAUUGUAAGGUAUUGUAAAGUCUGCAUACUAAACAUAGAGUGUAAUUCUUGUUAGUGUAUCUUUGAAGUUUUGUAAUACAUUACAAUAUAUAGUUUUGCAAUAAACAGAAAAAUGGACUG